AUGUAUGCCUUAGUGCAAUGGACAAAGGACAAAAGUUUAAGUGUUGUCCAGAGUAAAGAAAUACUUAAAAAAAAGGGAAAUUCCGCAAAUGUUUCGUGGUGCAGUAAAAUAUACAAUGUCAAUAUUAUCGCAAUAAAUGAUUCCAAAGAAUGGUUAGAAGGGUUAUCCGUUAACUCUCAUGGUAUUGUCUUGGGACAAGAUUCUCCAAGUGUGGAAAGUGUUACUACAGAAGUUGCAUCCUGUCAGGGAGAUAUUGCAACACCUGCACAACAUUCAGGAAACAUUUCGGUUGAACAUGACGAUGCACCAAUGAUUAAAAUAAUAAAUAAUGAAAUUUUUAUUGACCCCCAAGUCGAAAUGGAAUUUACGCGCUACCAACAACAUCCGGCAGAAAUAGUUCGAAAAUUGAUGCUGGCUUUAAUUGGUAGGGAGGAAUUAAAGCUCAUGUCAGCAAUUGGGGACCCAAGAAGAAAAGAUCCUAGAAUUCCAAUACCUCAAGAUAUAAGAAGAGCAGUAUAUAGGUACAUUCAGAAUAACACCCAAGGUCUUGAGCACCAAAAAUACAUUGAAAUAAUAAACAAUCAAUGCCGAACGCUUCGCAAUCCAAAAAAAAAAAAUUAA